AUGAUCUUCACUAUUGUCAUAGCCGGCGGAAAAGCGGGAAAGGAUUCGGGAAAAGCUAAGGCAAAGGCUGUCAGUAGGUCUGCCAGGGCUGGACUACAGUUCCCAGUGGGCCGUAUCCACCGUCACCUCAAGAACCGGACCACAUCUCACGGACGCGUUGGAGCGACGGCUGCCGUCUACUCGGCCGCUAUCCUCGAGUAUCUCACGGCUGAGGUGUUGGAAUUGGCGGGCAAUGCGAGCAAAGACCUGAAGGUGAAGCGCAUUACCCCCCGUCACCUGCAACUCGCCAUUCGUGGUGAUGAGGAACUGGAUUCGCUCAUCAAAGCCACCAUUGCUGGCGGAGGUGUGAUCCCUCACAUCCAUAAGUCGCUGAUCGGCAAGAAGGGCGCCACCGGACAGAAGCCUACAUAAAGACCUGACUGUCCAGCGAUUGUCUCAUUCGUUGCUCUAAACUAAUAUCAUUUAAUCAAAUGAAGCAUUUCUUUCAUUUCUUAACUUUUAUUACAUUUAUUAUUAAUAAUUAAAAGCAUUUUUAAUCCCAAAUACACUUAACAUAUAGAAAGCAAUUCAUGACUUUUUGUGCACUAAACUCAUUACAAAUACCU